UUUGAGCCACCACAAGGGAAACCAAACUGUCCCCAGUAACGUCUGCUUCCUGGUUUUCAGAGUUGCAGGUGGCGAGCUGUUCGACUUCUUGGCUGAAAAGGAAUCUCUGACUGAAGAGGAAGCAACCGAGUUUCUCAAACAAAUUCUUAAUGGUGUUUACUACCUGCACUCCCUUCAGAUUGCCCAUUUUGAUCUUAAGCCCGAAAACAUAAUGCUUUUGGAUAGAAAUGUCCCUAAACCUCGGAUCAAGAUCAUUGAUUUUGGGUUGGCCCAUAAAAUUGACUUUGGAAAUGAAUUCAAAAACAUAUUUGGGACACCAGAGUUUGUUGCUCCUGAGAUAGUCAACUAUGAACCUCUUGGUCUUGAGGCAGAUAUGUGGAGUAUUGGGGUAAUAACCUAUAUUCUCCUAAGUGGGGCCUCCCCAUUUCUUGGAGACACUAAGCAAGAAACGUUAGCAAACGUAUCGGCCGUCAACUAUGAAUUUGAGGAAGAAUACUUCAGUAAUACCAGUGCCCUAGCCAAAGAUUUCAUAAGAAGACUCCUUGUCAAGGAUCCAAAGAAGAGAAUGACAAUUCAAGAUAGUUUGCAGCAUCCCUGGAUCAAGCCUAAAGAUACCCAGCAAGCACUUAGUAGAAAGGCGUCGGCAGUCAACAUGGAGAAGUUCAAGAAGUUCGCAGCCCGGAAAAAGUGGAAACAAUCUGUUCGCUUGAUAUCACUGUGCCAAAGAUUAUCCAGGUCGUUCUUGUCCAGAAGUAACAUGAGUGUUGCCAGAAGCGAUGAUACUCUGGAUGAGGAAGACUCCUUUGUGAUGAAAGCCAUCAUCCACGCUAUCAAUGACGACAACGUCCCGGGCCUGCAGCAUCUCCUGGGCUCAUUGUCCAACUACGACGUUAACCAGCCCAACAAGCAUGGGACGCCUCCGUUACUGAUCGCUGCUGGCUGUGGAAAUAUUCAAAUACUACAGUUGCUCAUUAAAAGAGGCUCAAGAAUCGAAGUCCAGGAUAAGGGCGGAUCCAAUGCCAUCUACUGGGCCUCUCGGCAUGGCCACGUCGAUACCUUGAAAUUUCUCAAUGAGAACAAGUGCCCUUUGGAUGUUAAAGACAAGUCUGGAGAGACAGCGCUUCACGUGGCCGCUCGCUACGGCCACGCCGAUGUGGUUCAGUUAUUGUGCAGCUUUGGCUCUAAUCCCAAUUUCCAGGACAAGGAAGAAGAAACCCCCCUGCACUGUGCCGCCUGGCAUGGCUACUACUCUGUGGCCAAAGCCCUUUGCGAAGCCGGCUGCAAUGUGAACAUUAAGAACCGAGAAGGAGAAACGCCCCUCCUGACAGCCUCUGCCCGGGGCUACCACGACAUCGUGGAGUGUCUGUCGGAACACGGAGCCGACCUUAAUGCCUCCGACAAGGAUGGACACAUCGCUCUUCAUCUUGCCGUGAGACGGUGUCAGAUGGAGGUCAUCCAGACUCUCAUCAGCCAGGGAUGUUCUGUUGACUUCCAAGACAGGCACGGCAACACCCCCCUCCACGUGGCCUGCAAAGAUGGCAACGUGCCUAUUGUGGUGGCCCUCUGUGAAGCCAGCUGCAACUUGGAUGUCUCCAACAAGGUAAUGCCGGCGGGGAUCUCUGCAGGGACCAGUGUGUUUGGGAACGAUCUUCACAUUUCAAACAAGCUGUUUGUUCUGGAUGCUGGCGCUUCAGGCUCUAAGGACAUGAAGGUCCUUCGAAGUCACCUGCAAGACAUCCGGAGCCAGAUUGUGUCG